UUGCACUUUGUUUCUCCAAACAAAUGGGAACAGAGCAGCCUGAAACGUAGCCUUUAGCUGGUGUUUGUUGAUCAUACAUUGAGGAAGGUGAUGAUGAAGAAUAGCGUAUUCUUUCUGAUCUGUGCUUCCUGCUUCCAGCUUUCUCUCCAAGCUCAGGAAGCCCAGGCUCCUAACAUCACUGAUCUCACCUUUAAAAAUAUUGACUUUGCCAUGAACCUUUAUCGCAAGAUUUCCAGCCAUCAUGAUAAUAACAUUUUCUUCUCGCCCCUGAGCGUUUCCACAGCAUUCGCCACACUGUCGUUGGCAGCCAGGGACUCUACUCGCAGCCAGAUCCUGUCAGGGCUGAAUCUGGACACGCUGGAACAAAAUGGCCAGCCUGAGGUCAUUCCACAGCUCUUCCAGCACCUCCAGGGGAACAUCACCCAUGAUGGAGCACUGAAACUAGAACAGGGAACAGCACUCUUUGUGGACCUUAAUUUCCAAGUAGAGAGGGCUUUCAGUGAUCAGAUCAAAAAGUUCUUUGAUGCUGAUAUUGAGAAUGUGGAGUUUGAAAAAGCUGACCUCAGUAAGGAGACAAUUAACAAGCAUGUAAGGAAGAAAACUGGCAAUAAAGUGAAGGAGAUAGUGACUAACAUUGAACCACUGACUCAGAUGAUGCUGAUCAAUACCAUUUUCUUUCAGGGUGCCUGGGAGAGACCAUUUAACCCAAACAACACUGAAAACGGUCGUUUUUAUGUAGACAAAUACAACAUUGUCCAGGUUCCCAUGAUGAUGAAUUUGGAUAAGUUCUACAUUGCCAGUGAUGAUGAGCUUAAAGUAAAAGUGUUGCGUCUGCCUUAUUUGGGUGGCGCAGCUAUGCUCAUUGUCCUACCUGACAACAAUGUUGAUUACACCAUCAUAGAUGAUGAAAUAAAUGCUGAUAGAUUUCUUAACUGGAUCAAGAAUAUGAAAAAAACAAAACUGGAGGUCUACCUGCCCAAAUUUAAGAUGGAACAGUCUUACCCCCUGCACAAAAUUCUGCCAGCUAUGGGUAUUCAGAACAUCUUCAAGAACACAGCUAACCUCAAAGGCAUGAGCCAGGAGCCUGGUCUAAAAGUCUCACAAGUUUUGCACAAAGCUGUGAUUGAAGUGGAUGAGAAAGGCACUGUAGCUGCUGCAGCAACAAGUGUGGGAAUCACAGCUUACUCCAUGCCAACCUCCUUUGUCGUAAACAGGCCUUUCUUCUUUUUUAUCUACCACGAAGCAACCAACAGUCUGCUGUUUAUGGGCCGAGUGAUUGAUCCCACUAAGCAGUGAAUCAGCAUGUGCUGUCAUCAACAAAUUAGUGCCCUGGAUUAGAAACAUUAUUCCUACUGUGCCCUGCAUUAAAGCACUGUUUUUCUAGAUCAUAUUGCUUAAUAUAUUAUUAAUAAUUGCUUAUAUGUUAUUAAUAAAUAUUUUUUGUUUUAAUGGACAAAGUGUGUACAAACUAUAGGAAAAUAUUUGCAUAUAAGUGCAAUAGGUAAAUCUAUUCCUAAACUGGUUUUGUCAUGUACUUAGGCUAAAGAAUUUCUGUAAUUUUUGAAGCUACAUUACUUUUUGCAUUAUGAGACCAUGGUUAGAUUUAGAUUCAGACUACAACAUUUAGAUCAUUGUAAGGGUCAUAGCAGGCCUGUCUGUUAAAGGUUCUAUAUUAGGCUGUGAAAAGGAUAAGUUUUAUACUUUGAAUUAUACAGACUGUUACAUUAAAAUUUGAGUCCUUUCAGGCAUUGAAAAUGUAUGUGUUAACUAGCAAUUUACAGUGUGAAGAUAUUAAACUUCUUAAAACUGAA